GUAUAUAUCUAUGUAUACUUUAACGGAUACGUAUGGUAAAUAACUUUUCAUUGUAAGUGUUUCUCAGUGUUUUAGGUUUCCAUCGGUGAUCCGUUAGUUUAGCCUGAGUCUGAAACGGGCAGCACUAGGAAGACAACACAAGUUAGCAAGUGGCUGCUCCCUUUUUAGAGAACUCAGCAUCAUCCCAGGCUGCCGGUCAUGGGUUUGACCAAGCAGUACCUUCGCUACGCCGCCAGUGCCGUGUUUGGAGUCAUCGGCAGCCAGAAAGCCAACAUUGCAUAUGUGACACUCCGAGGAGGUGAGAGGGGGCGGUAUGUUGCCGUGGCUGCGUGCGAACACGUCUUUAUCUGGGACGUCCGAAAAGGAGAGAAGGUUCUGAUCCUGCAGGGCCAGAAACACGAGGUGACCUUCCUCUGUCCGUCUCCCGAUGGAGUUCACAUCGCUGUGGGUUAUGAAGACGGUGCUGUGAGAAUCUUCAGCCUGCUGAGCGGCGAAAGCAACGUCUCCUUCAACGGCCACAAGUCGGCUGUCAGCGUUAUAAACUACGAUGCACUGGGGGCGCGGCUCGUCACUGGUUCCAAGGACACAGAUGUGAUUGUGUGGGACAUCAUCAAUGAGUGUGGGCUGUACAGACUCAGGGGCCAUAAAGAUGUCAUCACACAGGCCUUGUUCCUUAAAGAGAAGAACCUCCUCCUGACAAGUUCCAAGGACACUUUCGUGAAGUGGUGGGAUUUGGACACGCAGCACUGCUUUAAGACCAUGGUGGGCCAUCGCAGUGAGGUUUGGGGGGCUGUGCUGUUGAACCAGGAGAACCGGCUCUUAACCGGCUCGGCUGACAGUGAGCUUCGAGCCUGGGACAUCACUUACCUGGAGGAGAAAAAAGCCGAGGGUGAGCCCAAAGUGAAGAAGGGCAAAACUCUGCUGGACGAUGACGACAACAAUGAUGAUGAAGGGGAGGACGAAAGUCUUGAAGAGCGCAUCUUGAGCUGUAAGAAGUCCGGCUCCAUCCUGAGAGAGGCCAGAGACCGAGUCGUCUCCAUGACGACAGACGCCAGAGCCAGAGUCAUCGCCUGCCACGGCAACGAUUCAGUGCUGGAGGUUUUCACUGUGCUGUCAGAGGAGGAAGUUCAGAGAAAAAUGACCAAGAAGCUGAAGAAGGCUAAAAAGAAGGCAGCAAAAGCUCAGGAAGAUGCUGGUGAGCAGACGGCCGAGCCGGUGGUGGAAAGGAUGCUAAAGGAUGAGAUCAUCAGGCUAACGAACAUCAAGGCUUCUGCCAAAAUCAGGUGGGUGGACUGUCUGUCGUGUGCAGGCGGUGAGCUGAAGGUGGCGCUGCUGCUACAGAAUAACACUGUAGAAACAUACAGCCUGAAGACUUCAGACAAGACUCCUACAGCCAAUAAGACGGCUCGCCUCACGUUAGGUGGCCACCGCACUGACGUCCGCACGCUGGCCUUCAGUUCAGACAAUCUGGCUGUCCUCUCUGCUUCUGGAGACACCGUCAAAGUUUGGAACAGGUCAACUCUGCAGGUGAUUCGUACCAUGGCCUGUGAAUACGCCCUCAGCUCCCUCUUUGUGCCUGGAGACAGACAGAUCAUCCUGGGAACUAAGAGCGGGAAGCUGCAGAUCUUUGAGCUGGCCUCAGGAAGUCUUCUGGAGGCGGUAGAUGCCCAUAAUGGAGCCCUGUGGUCCAUAUGUCUGGCCCCAGACCAGAGGGGGAUCGUCACAGGAAGUGCAGAUAAAACGGUGAAAUUUUGGGAGUUUGAGCUGAUAAAGGACCAGGGGACUGGCCAGAAGAGGCUGACACUGAAACACACUCGGACUCUCCAGUUGGAGGAGGAAGUUUUGUGUGUGAAGUUUUCUCCUGACCACAGACUGCUGGCUGUGUCUUUGUUAGACUGCACAGUCAAGAUUUUCUACACAGACACACUAAAGUUUUUCUUGUCUCUGUAUGGACACAAGCUGCCUGUACUCUGUCUGGACAUCUCACAUGAUAACACACUUAUCGCCACCGGCUCUGCUGACAGAAACGUGAAGAUCUGGGGUUUGGACUUUGGCGACUGUCACAGAUCCUUGUUUGCGCAUGACGACAGCGUCAUGUUCCUCCAGUUUGUCCCCAAGACUCAUCUGUUCUUCACAGCAGGGAAGGACAAGAAGAUUAAACAGUGGGAUGCCGACAAGUUUGAGCACAUACAGACGCUGGAGGGCCACCAUCGGGAGGUCUGGUGUCUGGCAAUCAGCCCGAACGGAGACCAUCUUGUGUCAUCAUCUCACGAUAAGUCGAUGCGUCUGUGGGAGAGGACGCGGGAGCCCAUCAUCCUGGAGGAGGAACGGGAGAUGGAGAGAGAAGCAGAGUUUGAAGAAAGCCUGGGCAAAGGAGAUGCUCCUGUGGUACCUGGAGAGACGGAGAGAGAGGCAGCACCUGCUGGCAAGAAGACAGUGGAGACGGUUAAAGCGGCUGAGCGGGUCAUGGAGGCUCUGGAGAUUUACAAAGAGGAAGCCAGGAAGAUGGAGGAGCAUAAAUACGCCUGUGAGAUGGCUGGCAAGGAGGUUCCCCCUCCAAAACCCAACCCCAUCCUUGUGGCCUUUGGAAAUGUAUCACCAUCCCGCUACGUUUUGGAUGUAAUAAAGAAGGUCAGAUCGAGUGAGCUGGAGGUUUCUCUGCUGGUGUUGCCGUUUCCUUACGUCCCUGAGCUGCUGAAGCUCUUCAGCAGCUACAUCCACCAGGGUCUGGAGGUGGAGCUCGUCUGCCGCUGCCUGUUUUUCCUUCUCAAGAUCCAUUUUGGUCAGAUCACCAGUAACCAGAUGCUGCUGUCUGUGAUCGACGAGCUGCAGACCAGCACGCUCUCCAAAGUGUCUGACAUCAGAGAUCUGAUGGGCUUUAACAGCGCCGGCCUCCAGUUCCUCCAGCGGGAGAUCGAAAGCAAAGAGGACGUAACGUUCUUUGCCGACGCCACGGGCCAGCUGGAGGAGAAAAAGAAGAAGAGGAGGAAAAGGGAGAGGGCUGUCCUGACCAUCGCCUGAAUUAUGAUGAACUUUUUUUAUUAUUAUUAUUUCUGAUUAGCUUUCAUUUAAGCCUGAACCAGAAGGAUUACAGUGUUAGUUUUUGUGAUGUAAUGAAACCCUGCCUGGUUGUAACUCCGUGAUAAUCAGUGACAUGCUCUAUUUUUCAAAUAAACUCUGAUGUUUUCUCACAGUA